CAUGCUUCGAUGUUUCCUCGAGUUGUCACGAAAUUUAAAGAUGGCGCAGCAAAUGUUACUCGGAAGGUACGUCUGUCAAAGUUGUCGUAACUUUGCGCGUGUUGGUCUGUUAGAUACACGUGCAAAUCAAUAUCUUGUGAGUUCUUCCAUUCUUCCAAGUAGACUUCGACAAGGAGAAUGCAACUCUCAACAGAUCAGAUGGUAUGCUUACAGAAGACCAGACCAACAACCUGGGUUAAUUGGAAGGUUUAUAGAAAAUAUCAAGGAAGGCUUUGAGAGAAACAAAGAAAUGCAGGAAAAUAUUAGAAAAUUUCAAGCAGAAACAAAAAAAUAUGAGCAGACAGAGACAUUGUCAGGGAGAGUCAAGCUUGUCAAUAAGAUUAAGGAUAAUGUGUCAUCGGCAUCAAUGAAAACUUCAGCAGUUGUGAAGAGCUUUUCAGGAGCAUUUUCAACAAAAGUCUCAAAGGCAUACGAUGAAGCAACAUCAAGUGAAGCAUUUAAAAAGGGAAUUGAGGUCACUGAAGAGUUUGCAAAAUCUGCUAAGGAAGCUGCUUCAAAGGUCCAAGAACAGAGUGAAAUCCUUGGAAAAACAGAAGCAUUUAAGGCUGUGUCCACUGGUUUUAAAACUUUCAAGCAUGAGGUUCUUGAUGAAGAACUUGAAAAAUCAAAGCCAUAUAGAACACCAGAGAAACUAAGACGGCGUACUGAACAGGAAGAAGGAGGUGUCAUGAAGAAAGAGAGGAGAAUUGAAGCAAAUGAGGAUGCAACAGGAGUGGUGCUUCACAAGGAUUCAAAAUGGUACCAGCAGUGGAAAGAAUUUAAAGACAACAAUCCUGUUGUGACAGGGCUUUUUAAUCUUAAAACAAAAUAUGAUGAAAGUGACAAUGUGGCUGUGAGAGCAUCAAGAGUUGUGACAGAUAAGCUGCAAGACAUUUUUAGUGAUGUAUUUUCCCAGUCGGAUACAGCAAAAACAAUGGCUGAAAUAACAAGAAUUGAUCCACAGUUUAACAAAGACAGCUUCCUAAAAGAGUGUGAAUUUGAAAUCAUUCCAUCAGUUCUUGAGGCUUUCUUAAAAGGUGACCUGGAAAUAUUAAAAGACUGGUGCCAUGAACCGGCGUACAAUGUCUUAGCUGCACAGAUUGAGCAAACUAAACAACUGGGACAGAAAUUGGAAGCAAAAAUCCUUGAUGUCAGAGAUGUUGAUGUGGCAAUGGCCAAAGUCAUGGAGCAAGGACCAGUCUUAGUUCUCACCUUUAUGGUUCAGCAAAUAAUGAUCCUUAAAGAUGCUGUUGGCAAUAUUAUUGAAGGUGGUGAGGAUAACAUUGAAAAUGUAAGCUAUGUGUGGGCACUGUGUCGUGAUCAGAGCAUAUUGGAUCACAGAUCUGCGUGGAGGGUGUUAGAGUUUGGAAUUCAGAACAGCAGCUCUUAUCUUUGACAAGCCCGAAAUUGAAGAAUGGGGAACUUCCAUUUUCUUUUAAUUCAAUUGUACAAAAUAUUGAAAAACAAAAACCAUUGACAACUUUGUCCUCUUAUUUGCCUGUUGCUGUGUGUCUUUAUUACAUGAUUUUAUUAAAAAUAUUUGCUAACAUAUUGCAUCACCAUGUAUCUCGUGUUAUUUUGCAUGGACACUGUUGUGAUAAUGAUCUUCCAUCUAGUAGUGGUCUUCUAUGUUGCUCAACCAAUUUUUAGUGAGCAGAGAUUAUUUAAGGCUCAAUUUCACCUGCUCUUCAAGACUGGAGAAACAAAUUUAAGUAACAGGAAUCAAUUAUUUUAAUCAGCAAGAAUACAGUACCUGUGGUAAGCUUCAGUUUGGUUGUCUAUCAAAUUGUUGAUUUGUAAAUAUAAUGCACAGUUGGACAGUUUUUAUGAGGAAUUGACUAUUAUACUUUGGUGCUUCCAGUUUGGCAUACAUUAUGCCUGAUGAUGUUGAAUGCAUUCUUAUGUUCACAAUUAUUGUAAUAUCUAGAUUAAUGAUACUACUAGUAGGAUUUGUGACCAAUUUGGGUAGAGUUAAUUUAUGAAAGCAGAUAUGAAUGCCACUGAAAUAAACAUUGUUUGUCUUGGUUUACCAUCAUCUGAGGCACAAUGUAUUUGAA